AUGCACACCUGGAAGAGAGCGGCCGGUGACAGUGGCCCUGGCAAUGGCCACAGGAUGCCCAAAGAGCAUGACCAGGAUGAGGGGGAGGAUGGGGACCCCUUGCCCUGGAUCAUUUCUGGCACUGAUGCCAAAGCAGGGCUUCAGGAGCCCAGGGAGAAGCCGGUCCCCAGUGCCCCAGGAAUGCUGGGAUCCGCUCCUGGUGACAGCGCGGGCAUCUGGCAGGAUCCGACCUCGGUGGCAGAGACGGCUCUGCUCGUGCUGGUGAACCUGAGCCAAUUCACCCCCGGCUGCAGCCGGGCAGAGAGCAAGGGCCAGGCGGUGGAAAGACGGCUCCGGGGAGAGACGAGCUCUUACCGGCAGCAGCCAGCUUUCGUCCAAGAAGCUCAAUUCUGCAAACAAAGGCCCGUCAGCGCCAUCGGCCCCGGCGAGGAAGGGGCUGGGGCCCCGCGCCGGCAGCCGUGUGCCGGCCACCACCCCGCCGAUUCAUCACCCCAGAAAGUGGGAUCCCCCACGCAGGACGGGACCAUCUCCAUCCUCACCACCUCGGUGGAGGCGGACGAGCCCCACAGAGUGCAGUUCCUGGCUCCCCGCCAAGGCAGCCCUCUGAGCCCAGGGCAGCCUCGCUGGGCCAACUACAUCAAGGGCGUCAUCCAGCACUACCGGGGUGGUCCCGUGCCGGGCUUCAGUGCCGUGAUAGCCAGUGACAUCCCCCUGGGCGGGGGCCUCUCCAGCUCGGCCGCUCUGGAGGUGGCUACUUACACCUUCCUCCAGCAGCUCUGCCCUGAUGACGGUGAUUUGGUAGCCAAGGCGCUGGCGUGCCAGAAAGCGGAGCAUACGUUUGCCGGCAUGCCCUGCGGGAUCAUGGACCAGUUCAUAUCUGUGAUGGGCAAGGAAGGCCACGCGCUGCUCAUUGACUGCAGGUCCCUGGAGACUGUCCUCGUCCCACUGACCGAUGCCAGCUUGGCCGUCCUCAUCACCAACUCCAACGUGCGGCACACGCUGACAGGCAGCGAGUACCCCAUGCGCCGGCGGCAGUGCGAGGAGGCGGCCGCGGCGCUUGGCAAGGCCCGCCUGCGAGAUGCCACCAUGGCCGCACCGGAAGGGGCUAUGGCCAGGGUGCAGGACAGGGCUGACCAUGGGUCUCCUCUCUCCAGGGACGACUAUGAAGUGAGCUGCCCAGAGCUGGAUGAGCUGGUAGCAGCAGCCCUGGAGGUGGAUGGUGUUUACGGCAGCAGGAUGACCGGGGGAGGCUUCGGAGGUUGCACGGUGACGCUGCUGGAGGCUGGGGCUGCAGAGAAAGCCCAGCACCACAUCCAGGAGAAAUACAGCGGCACAGCCACCUUCUACCUCACCAAACCCUCCGGAGGGGCAAAGGUGCUGCCCCUGUAGAGGAGCGACCA